UGUGUUUGACCUUGGUGCGUCGUCCAAGAGCGCUGCCUAAACGCCAUCGCUCGAGCACCAGAGCGGCAGCGCUCGUUGACCAGGUCUCCGCAUAGAUACCAGAGCAGCGAUCACAAAGCAGCCAUGCCGCGACGACGACCAGCGCUCAUUGUAGCAGCUGCAGCCCUUGCACAGGCCUACCAGCCGCCGCGCGCGCGCGUUCACACCACACGCGUCGCGCCAUUACAAGCGGGCUUCGCCGCGCUCCAACGAAAGGCGAAGGAGAAGGAGCAGCGCGCCUACCUCGACAACUUGAGCGACGACCACCCUGUGGCGGUGGCUAUGAAGGAAGGAAUUAAACACGACGGGCCGAAGAACAACUGCCGGCGGAUCUUGAAGAGGAAGGCGCGCGGCGCUUUGGGUGUGGUCGCCGAGUACAACCGGAGAGUGCCGGCUGCUCUCAAGAUGAGUGCUGCGGAGUACGAGCAGCCGGAUGCUACCCUUGUGAGCGACGAGUUACGGGCGGCGGGCGCCAACGUCUUCGCAAUCAACAUGGAGUCCGUCGCUGGUGGUUGUGAAGAAGCUGAUCUGGAUGCUGCUGUCGCCGAACAGGCCACGGCAAAGGAGGACUUUCCUGGACCGCUGCCCAUCGUCUGGAUGGACGCCGUUGUGGACGAAGUCCAAUUAGCACGAGCUGCCGUUGGUGGCGCCGAGGCCGUGACGCUGAACCUCGAAACGCUUGGAGUGGAAAGGUGCAACGAGCUCAAAGGAGUGGCAGAGGACAAGUAUGGUUUGGAGGCGUUGAUAGUCUGCGCUCCUCGAGCGGCAGGAGCGGAAGGCUUGGUGCCGCUCAUGCAGCAGGCCCGGGAUGAUGUGAAAGCAUCAGUGUUAGUAGUAGGAGGUGUUGCGUUUGACGCCAUGGCCUCGGCAGUGAAGGAGAUGAAGAGCGACGACUUGGUGCUGAUCGCGCGCGUCGACGCGAGGGACGACCAGGGCCUCGAGGAGGCGGAAGAGGCCUGGGACUUGCGGGACGCGGGGUAUGACGCGGUCUGGGUCUCGGACGUGCUCUACAAGUUCGGCUCCUUCUCGGGCAAUUUAUUCGCGUCGUCGCCGGACACGAUUACCAGUGUGGUGAAGGCGAUGAAGUCCAAGGCGUCGACGAAGUUUGCCAGGGCUUCAGGCGCGUUUUCGGGCAAGGGCGAGGGCGCCAAGGAGUACCUCGGGGACAUCCUCAUGUAGGGAGUUGGGGGCGCUUGUAUAACUAAAGAAGAGCU